AUGCAAUUCUUUACCGUGCAGAUGUACGACCGUGCCAUCAGUACUCCCAACAGCCCGACCAACAUGGAGCAGACAGGAAGGAGGAGCUGGGAGGAGCCUGCAUGGAUGGGGUCAUCUCCCCGGGUGCUGAACCAUGACAUGAAGUCCACAGUGAGCCGGUCUCUGCAGAAUCUGCCCACUUCCUCUCAUGCUUUUGAACCAGACUGCCUACGGAGGGCCGUGGGUCGAUCAGCUGUGGGCGGCAGCGGCGCCACUCAGUCGGACCUUCAGAAGGCCCGGGUGCGUAUGUCGCUGCAGGAACAUCUGCUGGACUUCUACCAGAGUAACGUGAACAUCCCCACCGAGGAGCAGGCUGUGGCGAGGAGGGCGGCGCUGGACAUCUGUGCCGAGCUCCGGGUGUUCCUUCACGCCAAACUGCCCGACAUGCCGCUCAGAGAGAUGUACCUGAGUGGCAGUCUGUAUGACGAACUGCAG